AUGCCGAUCAAAUGUUUAUUACCAUUUUUAAAGUGUAUUUCAUCAAACGAAGAAUGCGACACUUCCUUUCCUAACACAAUUGCAACUAUCAAGCUCGAAACGUUGCCUAAUGAAUUACUAUUAGAUAUUUUCGACUUUUUAAACUUAUUUGAUUUAUAUUAUUCAUUUUAUGGUCUUAACUGGAGAUUGAGUCAAUUAAUUUUAUCAAAGAAACAAUCACUGACUCUAUUUUCUAAACAUGAAUUUGAUUUUAGUUUAAAAUCCAUUUUACCAAAUAUUCAUUGUGUAAAAGUAAAAGCCGUUCAAUUAUGGUAUAAUACUUCUUUUCAAAAAAUGCCACGUUUUCUCAUUCUUAAUCGUUGUUCAUCAUUUCUACAUACAUUGAUAUUAAAUUCAAUGAAAAAUCUGUCAUUUGAAAACGUUCAUUCAUUAACAAAACAAUUCCCACAGUUACAUACGUUGAAAAUCGUUGACUUAAAUACACCAGAAGCUGAUUGGCUUGAAGAUAUCAAUUGGAAUCAGUUAGUUGAACUUGAUUUACUAUAUCUUCGUUCACUUUAUGUUAAAAUUUGUAUUAUUUAUCUUAAAGAAAUGCAUGAUGACGAUCGUGAUAAUAUUAUCUAUAGUUUUACAUCGCGUUUUCAUCAACCGCCAAAUCGAUUAUAUACGGGAGAAUGUAUACAAAAUAAAUAUCCAUUACAAAUAUGUUUGAUGAUCGAUAAAGAAUUUUCUAUUCCGCGUCGCCCGUAA